AACACAACGGUUCGCUAGAAAAAAUCGAUACGGUUUAAAAAUAUUUGUGGACUCAAAAAAUAAAAUGCGGGCCUCUGUGCAAUCCCUAGUUGCUCUGGUAAUUUUGUGCAAUGUGAUAAGUGCCAUACCUCCAGCCAUGGGACAGGAUGUUCAACAGAGUUUUGAAUUUAUGGCCGUUGAAGCGGAUCGUGAUAAAAGAGCCUUAGAUUUGGGAUUUUUGGUGCGUAAUUUAUUGAUGAAAAGUGCCUAUGCCAGCAAUACAAAGGCAGCAAUAGCAGGGAAUGUGAUUAAUGCAAAAAUAACAAAAACCACGCGUCGACCCACUACCACAACCCGACGUCCUACGACGACAACCUUGGCACCGAUUUUCAACAAAAAAUCAUUUUGGUUUCCCUUUACUUUAUCCUCGUCGGGAUUUCCUCCCCCAGUGAAUAAAGUAAACGCUGCACCACCACUACCAGCUCGCCCUGGUCCAGGCCCAGGACCGGGAGGUGCCAGAGGCGGAGGAGGAGGUGGACUGUUUUUGGAUUAUGAUUAUAUUGAUCAAUUGCGACCGGUUCAGCAGCCUACCAGACGGCGAAGGCCAACCACUACCACAGCAGCACCCAUUACCACCACCACUAGAACUACCACAGCAGCACCACCUCCGCCUAGGCGACCACAAGCUGGACGCAGACCAUUGCCGAAAAGACCCAGUUUUCCGAAUUACGAUUACUAUGAUGACGAUUAUGAUUAUGGACAAGUGGGGCAAAAAGCUGCUACAACAACCCGACCACCACCUCCACCACCGCCAGCACCUACUGCCCGUGGACGAGCACGCAAACCUCAAGCGCAGAAUAGUCUUAGUGUUCAACUUGGUGUUGGUGUUACGCCAAAUCGCCCUGCUCGCCUAAGGAAUCGCCCCUUAUAUCAGUAUGCCCAGAAUACCGAUUUCUCUAUCAAUAAUGGUGGGCUCGAUGAUGCAACACCCGAAGACAACAACAACAAUGCAAAUCCCAAUAACAACGAUCCAUCAAACACCGCCAAUGACGACGAAGACAACAAUCCCCCCCAAGAUAACCCACAAGCCGAUGAUAAUGGCGAUUAUGUUGACAAUGCCAUGGCCAAUGUCAGUGUGGACAACGAUGAUGUAUCGGCUCUUGAUCCUAACAACAACUCAGAGGAUGAUUAUAAUGAUUCUAGUGAUAUUUCUAAUCCUAAUGCAAAUGGUAAUGGUUCCAAUGGUAAUGACAAUAACAAAGCUAAUGAUGCAGACAGCGGCAAUAGUGAAACGUCAGAUGAUCAGGCACCCCCACCCUCCCUUGACUAUGAUAGUGAUAAUGCAACGCCUCCCUUCAAUAAUGCUGCGAUUGAUGCCCCAACGCCUUCUUCCCAGGGUGGCUUCAACUCACCGUUCUUUGAUCCCCGAAGCUUCAAUGGUCUUAGAUUUAGAAAUGGUCGUGGUCCUGCAUUGGAUCCCUCUUCACCACAAUUGGGACAAUCUUUUGGUCUACCUGCGAACUAUCAAAAUUUCCCAUACUCCGGUUUCAAUGACUAUGGCUCACCCUAUCAACAACCUUCCUCUCCGGUGGGCUAUUCCGUGCGCUAUUAUUGAUGAAACCUGAACAUGAUCACAAGUUUCGAUACCGCCAUAUAUGUCUCCUGAAAUUCAACAAUUCAUUUUUGUAUAUAAAUACA